CUGUAGUCGAUAAGAUCAAGGAAAUAUUUCGCAUUCACUCUGUCGCAAUGAGAAGUUACAAGUGAACGUUUUGCAAGCGUAUCUCCUGAAUAUCUCUUCAAAGAGUUAGGCCUAUACCGUUUCUGGGGAAAAAAUGGCAUGCGGGGGUCGACUUAAGUUGUCUGAUUUCUGGCUGAACCAUGGAGAUGCCACCCUCUUUGCACGACCUCAGUGGCCAAUCCACCAGUUUGUCUACCUAGCUUGGCGGGUCUUCCUCGCCCUGUACCUACUCGGUUGGCUGAUCUGUCGUCUUGCCAUCGGCAAAGACAUCGGGCCAUUCUUCGUCUUCCUGACCGACUGGACCUUCACGGUGCUGACGUUGUAUUCUGUGUCCACGUGCGUAAGCGCCACCUACUUCACUUUUGCGAACGGGAGGAACCGGUUCUACGUCACACGCGCUGUAUCACACUUUGGACGCACUGGUCAGGAGCUAGGGUCUCAUGUUACCUCCCAAACAUCCGGACAUGAGCUACCGCCCCUGCCCCCAUCAGCCCGACCACUGGAGGGCACCGUCAGGCCCCGCCUGCCGCACUAUUUCAAACUGGUCUGGCUCCUGUUCAACAUCUGUCUGACCGUCGACCCCAUCGUCACCAUAGUGUAUUGGUCGCUCCUCGCAUCACCCGGGAAGUCUGGUCUCGGCUUGGCCAUGGAUGUUCACUUCCACGCCCUCAACACGGUCUUCAUCUACGCCGAUCUCCUGCUCUCAGCCAUUCCUGUUGGGGUCGUGCAUUUCAUCUACCCUUUCCUGUACGGCAUCUUGUACAUCAGCUUCACCCUGAUCUACUUCUGGGCUGGCGGUAUGAAUCCAGACUCCGGAGGAACAGCAAUAUAUCCCCGGGUGCUGGACUGGUCCCGGCCCGGUUGGACUAUUUUAUCGUGCGUCUUGAUCUCUCUCGCCGUGCCGCUCAUCCAUCUGAUUGGCUACGGAGGAUACCGGCUUCGUGUCUUUAUCCAUGAGCGAUUUUUCAGUCACCAACGGGAAGAAAACUGCAUUCUCACCGGAAACGAAGAAACGCCUGAAGUUCAGCUACCCUAGACUUGAAAACAAAUCAGUUAGCAUUUCCAUUAGGGGAAGAAAAAUACGUUUAUUAAUUUUGGAUUUUUGCCCUGCCCGAUGUGUAUUAUAACACCGCAUGUAUACCCGGUGUUUGCCUUCGAGGGCUUGUAAAAACCAUAAGCGUACUCGGGUGGGACUCAAACCCACGACUUCCUGCUUACUAGUGCAGACGUCUUAACCACCGAGCCUGCCAGUGUCGCAGGCUGGUUCGAGUCAGAUAUAGCAGCGGGUACCGCGAACAACCAAUUCCAAAGAUGGCCAUCUCUAGGGUCCAGCUCGGGCCUCAUUCUCGUAAAACUGUGCUACCCCCACAAAAUUAAAACCACUACAAAAUUUUCAGUUCGCUUGUCCAUUUUACAUUUUAUUUGUUUUGUUGAGUCUUUGAACAUUUGAAUCGUCAACCAUUGUUUGUAAAUAACAACAAAGUCUGACCCUCGACUUCCUUGCUCUAAGUUGAAGGUAAAUCUGAAUUUUGAAAAUAAAACGGACGCUAAACAUACUUGGGCUCAAGUAGCAUCUCAGGAUGGUUAUAAUACGUUGGCAAAAUGAACCAUUAAAUUUUUUUUUACCUGCCGAGGAUUAUGAUGACCAUCUCCUAACUGGACAAUUGCAACUGGUCACUUCCUAAGCGGUGGACAAGGGGUGUGAGGUAGCGUUCAAACUGUCUUUCCUAAUUUCGGUUGGGAUGUUUUUUAAAGCCCUCAUUCGGCUCAGACUAGUGGAUUAUACACAAACGUGUGUAUGUGAUUGUAUAUAAACGUAAUGCUACUCAUUGCGGUUAUGAGUCUGUCUUUCAUGUAUACAAUGUGUAUGAAAAUCCACUAAAAAUUGUUUCCAGAUUUUCUUCAAAUAGUGGUUUUUUCACGUUUUCUUCCCUAUGUCUUUAAAAACUAUGGUAAUAAAAUCAUUUUCAUAGAAAUAAGAGUCUUAAAGUUUAGUCAAAAGGAAUGUCGAGGUCAAGAAAUCAGGCAAAAAAUCAGACAGAGGGUGCAUAAUGGUGCAUGCUAUUUUCACUAAAUCCACAAACUAACUAACCUGUGAUUUUUUUUAUUCAUUCAUAUGUCCUACUGUUUUGUUUCUUUUUACUCUUUUAAAAAGGGGUUCUUGAAGGUAAAACUGAUAUAAUCAUGUCAUGUGACAUUUUCUCAACUUUGAAACUGGCUUGUCAACUGAGUGAGGAUAUCUUUGACCCUCCAGAUUUUAUGUUCCUGUGCAGUUUGGGGGUAUAACACUGCCGAAAUGCUAGAGGAAAAAGGCAUUGCAAAGGGUAAAGCCCAAUGACUGUUCAUAAUGUGUGGCAGAAGAUAUCCUCACCCGGGUUGAAAAAAAAAUUGAACAGUGAUGCGAAAAUGCUGUUGAAAAGAAACCUGAACGAUGUUUCAAAGCCGUAUCGCACAGAUAUAACCAUGGACUCAAACGGCAGCCAAGUAGUGCAGAUACUGCAGUGAUGCACCCAUGAUUUGUAGUCUGUGUGGGUGUGUGUGGGGGGGGGGCUUGGACUGAAUUUUUACCCCAGAAAUAGUGCACGGUGCUCAAGUUGCGCUAUAGGGGACCGGGAUUUAUGGCAUAGAUGGCGCAAUUUCCUUAGCAACAGAGGCUCCUUUGGUAGAAACUUCGUCGCCCUGUGCUCGAACAGGGCGCUGGGAAGGGCAUCAGGCCUUGUAGAGGUUUUAGUGAAGGAAACACGUCACAUGGGGUCACAGCGAACAAUGCGCAGAGCACUGUGGGUAAAUGUCUACUAGGCGCGCGAG